UUCGUAGUCAUUGUAUAGUCAAAUCGCUGUAGUCGCAAGCUAAAAAAAAUUGCCGUGGUAACAAGCAAAAAGCAUUCAUCGGUUUCAUUCGAUUGAAGCUAAAAUAAAAACACUGCUGAUGCCUUAUAUCUUUUCUUUUGCCACUGCUAUAUAGCCAAAUUGCUGUAGACACAAGCUAGUGAAAAGCUAAGUCACAAGGAAAAACAUUGGUCCUUCUUGAUUUCACACAUUUUGCCAGAAACGUUACAUUCUCAUUUUUUUGUUCGUGUUUUGUUGACGCUAGAUCACACCUGAAGGCAUAUUUUGCAAAACUUUGAAGUAGGAGCUUUAUUUUGUUGACCAUCAAUUAUUUUGACCCCCUGCGGAACAAACCGCUAGCAUUUUUUUUUCAAUCUGCGAACGAAAAAUUCUUCGCUGACCAACAAACGUGGAAAAUUUAAUCAUGGAUUGUUCUUCAAUGCUUGAAAAAAUUACUGAUGUGAACAUUAAAUCAUUAUUCGAGCAACUUAUCAACAAUUUGGAGGAGAAAGAUGCUAGAAUUUCACAACUGGAGAGUCAUGAGAAGGAUUUGCAGCGAAGAGUUUUGCAACUAGAAAGCUUGGUCUGUUCGGAUUUACUAUCUGAAGGUCAAGAACUGUUCAAAAAGUAUUGCGAAGGAGAGGACAGGCCGUUGAUGUUUCCGCCUGCACCUUCACAACAGAGAAUUGACGUUUACGAAGCCCGCCAUGUGAAAGAAAAUCCAAAUAUUGCCAAAGAUGAGAAACAACAGCAAGAUUAUGAAGCUGAAGUGAUUGUAUAUCGAGCUCUUGAAAAACUAGAUGAGCCAAUCAUAGUGUUGCAUGGACUGACAUACACUCAUUUCCGAUUCAGAAUAUGGGACUCAGAGCAUAACACAGAAAGAUGCACAUCAGCCGAAAAAAUGCUCUGUGGAAAACCGAAUAAAAUUGAAGAAGAGCAUGAUUUUGUAGUGAUGGGACCAGAUUACAUUGUUAUUAUUGAGGUGAAAAACCCAAUAAAAAAACAAAAAAACGGAACUGUGUCAAUGAAAAAAGCUCGCGAGCAAUUUCAAAGAGCUGAAUCACUUGUUCGGGCAGUUGCUAAAAAAACCAAUCCUGAAGCACAAUCUUCAAUCAAGUUGUUCAACAUAGUAGCGUUUCCUAACUUUGGGCAAGAAGACCUCUCUUCUGUCAUCGAAAAUUCGGUCAAUGAAAGCUUCUUCGUGAUAAACGAAGAUCACUUGAAAAACUUCAGUUCAUUUUGGAACGAUGAAAUUAAAACAAGUUCAUCUUGGGAACCAGUUUGGGGUGAUAUUGACAAAAUACAAUGCGUGUUACUUCGGCUUUUGGCCAACGGGAAAACAGGCCCACGUAUAGAUGAAAGCAAAGUAAAUCUGGCUGAGUGUGUACGCGAAAUUGGCCUAAAACUUCGAGACAGCGAGAUCACUUUUAGAUCCAAAAACCGACCCGACAACCCAAACGUUUGGAAAACUAGCGACCUACCCCUUGUUGAAGGAAUUAACAUAUUCCAGGACUGUUUGGGCCUUAAGUAUAUUACUACAGAGCAAAAGGACGCGUAUGAGAGUACAGAAGAGCAUUUGAUCAUAAGUGGUCCUUGUGGUUCUGGCAAAACUUUGAUUUUGCUGGCAAGGCUUAUCCGUCUGGCCCUCACUGAACCUGACGCCAAGAUCGCGUUUUAUGUCCAUAGCGAAAAGAAACUAUUCAAUUAUCAGAAUAUAUUUGCAUCUACUCCAAUCAAAUUUUGCAUACGCAAACAUCACAACUCAAUAUACCCGCCGUGACAAAUAUGAAUAA